AUGGUGCUGGAAGUGGUAGUGGGCAGCAGCAUAUACGCCACGCCGGGCGUCCUGCUCCUCGACUCCGGAGGGAUCAUGGUGCUGGGAGUGGUGGUGGGCAGCGGCAUAUUCGCCAUGCCAGGCGUCCUGCUCAUGCACUCUACAUAUAUCAUCAUGGUGCUGGGAGUGGUGGUGGGCAGCGGCAUAUUCGCCACGCCAGGCGUCGUGCUCGUCGACUCGGGAGGCGCGCCGAUCUCCGCGCUCAUCGUGUGGCUCUGCGCGGGGAUCGUCGCCUACUCGUGCUGCGAGGUCUGUUAUUGCUAUGCCUCGCCAUACUGGCAGCUACUGCUCGUCGACUCGGGAGGCGCGCGCAUCUCCGCGCUCAUUGUGUGGCUCUGUGCCGGUAUCGUUGCCUACUCCUGCUGCGAGGUGUACGCUGAGCUGGGCAGCUCCAUACCGCACGCGGGCGGCGACGGCGAGUACAUCCAGCUGGCGUUCGGAGAUCUGCUCUCGUUUGUCUUCAUGUGGAUGUUCUUCUUCGUCUCUACUGGCGGCGGCAUCGCCAUCCUUAUAGUCACAUUCGCCCGAUACGCCAUCGCUCUGCUCCCAGGCAUGGAGGGUGCGAGCGAGGAGCAGAUGGAGCUGGGCGUGCGAAUCAUUGGUUGCUCCUUCACGCUCCUUCUCACGGCCAUCAACUGUGCCGGAGUGAAGGCUGGAGCGUUGGUGCAGAAUAUCCUAACAGUCACCAAGGCACUGCUAAUAGCAGCAGUUGUAGCCUGCGCGCCCAUCUUCAUCUCCCUCCACGGCACGGCUGUAGCCGCUACAAACUUCUCCCAGCCGCUCCCACCCCUCUCUGGCUACAACUGGAGCCGGGCCGGGGCCGGCCUGGUGGCUGCCGUCUGGGCUUUUGACGGCUGGAACUGCCUGGGCUAUCUAUCAGAAGAGCUCAAGAAUCCGAAAAGGGACCUGCCCCGCUCGCUCUCCUUUGGGAUGCUCACUGCUGUUGGAAUCUGCCUCGCAGUCAACUCCACGUACUUCUGCAUUCUUCCCCUGGCAGCUGUAGGCAAGUCGGAAGUGGUGGCAGUGGAAGCAGUAGAGGCUGUUUUUGGACCUCCCUCGGGCCGAUUCAUUGCCUUUCUCGUGGCCCUAAACGUGCUCGGCGCUGCCAACGCCACGCUACUGUGCCAUGCUCGCUUCUUUCUGAUUGACUAUUUCGCCAUCGCAGCGUGGAUGUUCAACGGUCUCAUGGGCUUGAUCGACUAUUUCGGCAUCGCUGCAUGGAUGUUCUAUGGUCUCGUGGGGGCAUCGCUAAUCAAGCUGCGCUGGGACCUGCCCGACCUGCCCCGACCGUACAAGGCCAGCCUCUACCCCCUUCCGGGCAUCAUUGUGGUCGUUGUAUCCACGUACCUUGUCAUCUCAUCUCUCGUCACGCAGCUCGUCCCGUCGCUCCUCUCACUUGCCUUUGUUUUCACGGCGCUGCCUGUUUACUUCGCCAUCCGUUGCAUGAAAUCUGCGCCCUGUUGUGCUGCCUCGUGCACCAAACCCCCCGUAACGAUUAACAUAUUGCCUGAGGGUGAUCUUAGGAGACCCCUGUUAUCAUAA